AUAUCCUUAGCUUCUUCUUUAUCUUUCCCAAGAAUACAUUACGACUGGUCUAGACAUAGCGGUUAUCUAUUUGUGAUCAGAAGUACGCCCACCAUGGCUUCAUCAUCCAAGCCAUCGAACUUCCUGCUCUAUUCCUGCAUAGCACACCGCACAACAAUCCUCGCCGAACACUCCGCUCCAGGCUCUUCAUCAACUUCCGCCUCAUCUCUAGCCUCCAUAAUCCUCCCCAAGAUCAGCCAUGACCAAUCCCAAAAGCUCACCUACACCCACGAGCGCCUUUUCGUGCACUAUAUUUCUGAUUCUCCCACCGGAUCUCCCGAAUCUUCAACCACAGAGCCGUCUUCCUAUGCUCCGCUAAGCUACAUCGUCGUCGCAACCGCAGAACAAGGUCGCCGCAUCCCCUUCGCCUACCUCCUCGAGAUGAAGCGCAAGUUUCUCGCCACAUACCCGCCGUCCAACACAGACUUUGCCUCUUUGCCAGCGUACGGUUGCGCAGCUUUCAACUCGGAGCUCCGCUCAAUGUUGCAAACCUUCAAUACGGCCCCGCCAGCGGAUUCGCUCGCGUCGGCGAGGAAGGAGAUCGACAGCGUGAGGGAUAUAAUGACCGAGAAUAUCGAGAGGGUGUUGGAGCGCGGGGAAAGAAUUGACUUGUUGGUUGAUAAGACGGAUCGGUUGGGUGGGAGUGCGCAUGAUUUCCGUAUGCGAAGUCGUGGUCUGCGCAGGAGGAUGUGGUGGAAGAAUACUAAGCUGAUGGUGCUUUUGGGGGUUGUGGUUGUGUUCCUGGUCUAUCUUUUUGUCGGAAUGGGGUGCGGAUUACCGGGUUGGGGAAGAUGUGUUGGUUGAGAAUGAUACCCACUUUAUGAGGUCUUAGCUUUUGAAAAGGAUACGGUGAUGAGGGCCUAGACGGAUGAAGGACAGAUUGUGGUUAAUGGAUUUGGCGAGUCCAGUGAGGAGCGCAUAUUUCUUCCCACGUUUUUUUUUCUGUAACGAUAUCAAUUGAUCCAUGAGCAUGAUACAGCGGGUGUCUGCCAGAAGGCAGGUAAUAACUUGUUUUCGCUCUUGUAUAUUAAGUCUUAGAUACCCCGGAUCACUGGAGGACCCUUCAGUACUACAAAAAAAAAAAAAAAAAA